UUCUAAAAUUCUCAAUGUACCAGCUUGGCCAAACCCAAUUUGGCCUCAGCUUCUCUUGCUCUUUCUAGCAUAAUAUUUGGACACCGGCCCAGGAAACAGCCACUUCUUGAUCAGAUCUUCCUUGCAACCACAAGAAAGAUCCGCUUGCCCAGCCCAAAUCAGUCCCUUCGAAGGCCUUGAUCGAUGCCCUGUCCGCAAUGAUACCAGCUUUCUUGGCCUUCUCAUAUUCUUCUCACCACUUCCCAUCUCUGAUCAAUUUUUCCAAGUCUGCGCCGACCACAGGUCAAAAGUCUUCCCUGCAAGCUGUCCAGUCUUUAUUUGGCCGUGUUCUAAAAGCUCCAUUACCCGCCCCUCAAAACUAAAAACUCUCCUACCCCUGAUUCCGUUCAGCACUCCGGGAAAAGAAAUCUUGGCAAAAUUUCGAAUAGUGUUUUCUUCUUCCAAGACCCUUUGAUCUUGUGCUACUCCUUUAACACAUCUCUCUCUCAAAACUGAAGAGCAGAAUAAGCUCCUCUAGAGGCAUGGAAUCACAAUGGUUGAUGGGAGAACAGAGUAGCAGAUCAGAUAGAAGGACUGCAAAUAUUUCUGCACGAACUUUUUCUUUAGAGGAGCUGACUUUGGCUACUGGUAAUUUCUCUCCUGAUUCAAUUUUACAUGAAGGAAGUUACUUUAGAGUUUACAAAGGGAUCCUUCACGAGAAUUGCCAGCCUGUGGCCGUGAAGCAGCUAGACAUGAACUAUUCACGCAGCAACAGAGACUUCCUUGUCGAAGUCCUGAUCCUUAGCCUUCUUCACCAUCAAAAUCUCGUAUCUGUAGUUGGGUACUGCUCUGAAGGAAGCCAUAGGCUCAUAGUCUAUGAGUUUGCUCAACUGGGUUACCUAGAGGACCACUUGUUCGGUGUUGAGAGAUGCCAGAAACCACUGGAUUGGAGUACUAGAAUCAAAAUAGCUAUAGGUGUUGCUCAGGGUUUGGAGUAUUUGCAUAACAAGGCCGAACCACCUGUCAUACACCGUGAUCUGAGACCGUCAAACAUUCUCCUGGAUGAGGAUUUUAAUCCGAAACUCUCUAAUUUUGGGCUUGCCAAGCUGGGGCCUGCCGGGGAUAAAUUUCAUGUCUCCACAGAGGUGGUGGGGACUUGGGGUUAUAUUGCACCAGAGUAUGCAAGAACUGGACAGGUAUCAGUAAAGUCGGAUGUUUACAGCUUUGGAGUAGUUCUGCUUGAGCUCAUCAUGGGCAGAAGAGCUUGUGUCAUUCUUGAGACGAACGAGGAACAUAGUCUAGCUUCUUGGGUUCAAACAAUGCGCAAAGACCCGAACAGGUUGCCAGGCAUGGCGGAUCCACAACUUCAAGGAAACUAUCCAAUGACAGGUCUGGAUCGAGUCGCCUCGAUCACCGCCAUGUGUCUCCAGGAGGAGGUUGAUCGUCCAUUAAUUGGCGAUGUUGUCGCUGCUCUCAGCUCCAUUGUAGUGUCUUCAACUGAAGUCCAUGGUGCCACAACUGCUUCAGUGACUUCUUCGCUCUGUCAUUGAUUAGCAUGUGAAGGCAGCACAAAAGAAAACAAAACUUGUUGCCAAGGGGAUUGGAUUGCUGAAUAUGGACUGCCUGGUGUGUGGAAAGAAAAAGCUUUUUCCUACUUUCUACAGUGCAUAUUUUUGUAUGUUAAUGGUCUGAUAUGUUGCAUGUCCCAUAUAUAACUAAAUCUAUGAUUACCUCUAAGGAUGAUACCCUUUUGUUUUUGGGAGAAAAUGAGGAUGAUAUCUUGUCA